AUGCAUCGAUUAAGGACUUGCGCGGCGCGCUUGCGUCCGCUCACCGCCUCGCAGGCGGCUAAAACUGUAGGCCCGCAGCGGCCGAUCACAGCCGCGGCCCCCUCGGGCACAAGAACGUUCGGCCCGAUCAGGUGCUAUGCGGCGCCCGUGGCCUCGGAGCCUUUUCUAAACGGAACUAGUUCCAAUUACGUGGAGGAGAUGUAUUUUGCCUGGCUGGAAAAUCCCAAGAGCGUUCACAAGUCAUGGGAUGUGUUUUUCCGCAACGCUAACGCUGGCGCGGCGCCCGGCGCGGCCUACCAGUCCCCUUUGGGCCUGUCCGCUGUGCCUGAGCUCUCGUCCCUGGUGGGAUCUCAACCCAACGUGGAAAAGCUGGUGGAGGACCACCUGGCCGUGCAGUCCCUCAUACGUGCCUAUCAGAUUCGCGGUCACCAGGUGGCCCAGUUGGACCCGCUCGGCAUCAUGGACGCCGAUCUGGACUCGUGCGUGCCCACUGACAUUAUCACGUCCUCCGACAAACUGGAUGCGGUCAAGGAUCGGCUGAAACUCCUCACGGUCGGAGGUUUCUACGGUCUGGACGAGUCGGACCUAGAGAAGGUCUUCAGGCUUCCCACCACCACCUUCAUCGGCGGUUCCGAGAGCGCUCUACCCUUGAAGGAGAUCAUACGACGACUGGAGAUGGCGUAUUGUCAGCACAUUGGCGUCGAGUUCAUGUUCAUCAAUGACUUGGAACAGUGUCAAUGGAUCCGUCAGAAGUUCGAGACGCCGGGCGUGAUGCAAUUCACCCUGGAAGAGAAGAGGACUCUGCUGGCUCGCAUGGUCCGAUCCACCAGGUUUGAGGAGUUCCUGCAGAAGAAGUGGUCCGCUGAGAAGCGAUUCGGCUUGGAGGGAUGCGAGUCCCUCAUUCCGGCGCUGAAGACCAUCAUCGACAUGUCGUCCGGAAGCGGGGUGGAGUACGUCAUCAUGGGCAUGCCUCACAGGGGUCGUCUUAACGUUUUGGCCAACGUGAUCCGUAAAGAACUGGAGCAGAUCUUUUGUCAGUUUGAUUCCAAAUUGGAGGCGGCGGACGAGGGUUCGGGUGACGUCAAGUACCACCUGGGCAUGUACCACCGUAGGAUCAACCGGGUCACCGACCGCAACAUCACUUUGUCCCUGGUAGCCAACCCUUCGCACCUGGAAGCGGCCGACCCGGUGGUGCAGGGGAAAACCAAGGCAGAGCAGUUCUACUGCGGGGACAAUGACGGAAACCGGGUGAUGUCCAUCCUCAUUCACGGAGACGCGGCGUUCGCCGGUCAGGGAAUCGUGUACGAGACCUUCCAUCUGUCCGACCUGCCUUCCUACACGACGCACGGCACCGUGCACGUGGUCGUCAACAAUCAGAUCGGCUUUACCACGGACCCGCGUAUGGCUCGCUCGUCGCCGUACCCGACAGACGUGGCGCGCGUGGUCAACGCGCCCAUUUUCCACGUGAACGCCGACGACCCCGAGGCCGUCAUCUACGUGUGCAAAGUGGCGGCCGAGUGGCGGGCCACCUUCCACAAGGAUGUGGUGGUGGACCUGGUUUGCUACCGGCGCAUGGGCCACAACGAGAUGGACGAGCCCAUGUUCACGCAGCCGCUCAUGUACAAGCAGAUCAAAAAGCAAAAGCCCGUCCUCCUCAAGUACGCAGAGAAGCUCAUCGCUGACGGAAGCGUCAGCCGGCAGGAGUACGAGGAGGAGAUCGCCAAGUACGAUAGGAUCUGCGAGGAGGCCUACGCUCGUUCCAAGGAUGAGAAGAUCCUUCACAUUAAGCACUGGCUGGACUCGCCGUGGCCCGGUUUCUUCACUCUGGACGGACAGCCAAAGUCCAUGAGUUGCCCCUCGACCGGACUGACCGAGGAAAACCUCAACCACAUUGGACAAGUGGCCUCCUCCGUCCCCGUGGAGGACUUCACCAUCCAUGGAGGUCUGAGCCGUAUCCUGAAGGGUCGUGCGGAGAUGGUUCGUAAGAGGACGGUGGACUGGGCUCUCGGGGAGUACAUGGCCUUUGGGUCGCUGCUGAAGGAAGGCAUCCACGUGCGUCUGUCGGGACAAGACGUGGAGCGAGGGACGUUCAGCCACCGGCAUCACGUCCUCCACGAUCAGAAUGUCGACAAGAGGAUCUGCAUCCCCAUGAAUCAUCUGGCUCCGGACCAGGCACCCUACACCGUCUGCAACAGCUCACUUUCUGAGUACGGCGUCCUUGGCUUCGAGCUGGGUUUCGCCAUGGCUAGUCCCAACGCACUGAUCUUGUGGGAGGCGCAGUUCGGCGAUUUCCACAACACGGCGCAGUGCAUCAUCGACCAGUUCAUUUGCCCCGGCCAGGCCAAGUGGGUCCGGCAGAACGGAAUCGUGCUCCUGCUGCCCCACGGCAUGGAGGGCAUGGGUCCAGAACAUUCUUCCGCUCGCCCAGAAAGGUUCCUCCAGAUGUGCAACGACGACCCCGACGUCAUGCCGAUGUUGACCGAUGAUUUUGCCGUGCGGCAAUUGUACGACUGCAACUGGAUCGUCGUCAACUGCUCCACUCCUGGGAAUUAUUUCCACGUGAUACGCCGACAGAUCCUGCUGCCGUUCAGGAAGCCGCUGAUCGUGUUCACUCCCAAAUCGCUGCUGCGCCACCCAGAGGCCAGGUCCAGUUUUGAUGAGAUGCUGCCAGGAAGCGAGUUUCAGAGGUUGAUCCCCGAGGGCGGCGUUGCGUCCGAGCGUCCCGAGGAGGUCAAGAGGUUAAUCUUCUGCACCGGGAAAGUUUACUACGAGCUCACUAAGGAGAGGAAGAACCGCGAAAUGGACGCCACGGUCGCCAUCGCGCGUAUCGAGCAGUUGUCUCCGUUCCCGUUCGACCAAGUGAAGGCGGAGUCGGCGCGCUUCCCCAACGCCGACCUUGUUUGGUGUCAGGAGGAACACAAGAACCAAGGCUACUACGACUACGUCAAGCCUCGCAUCAGAACCACCAUCCAGCGGGCCAAACCCGUCUGGUAUGCGGGUCGAGAGCCCGCGGCCGCUCCGGCCACGGGCAACAAGAACACUCACCUGCUGGAGCUUCGACGUUUUCUGGACGACGCCUUCGGUCUGGACGCCUUCCAGGACCAACAGUAG